AUGAUAUCCGAUAGCGAACUAUACCAGCUCGCCAUCUUCCUCGGAUCAUGCGCCAUGCUCCUCAUCGUUGUCUACCACUUUUUAGAGGUCAAUUCGAAUACCUCGUCAGAGACCGACUCCGUGCCCGUUGAUACUGUUGCGGAUUUAGUGAAACCUACCGGAUCAUCGCAAACGACGCAGAACAUUGGGAAUCCUGGGGUUGGUGUCGGGAAGAAAGGCUAG